AUGGACGAGGCGCUCCUCACACUUCUUAACAGCAGUAAAGCGGAGUUAAGUACAUGUUCCACGGCCAAGCAAAAUGUGACACAGACAUUUAUCUCAGAACUCUGCACAGUGAUUGGGAUUAAAGAUGAGAUGAGUCCUUCAGAAAAACAGAAAUGUAUACGUGCGGCUGUAGAUUCUUUUCUUUUAGACGCAACACCUACACCAUUGGAAAAUUUUAUGAUGCGUAUAGUGACUCUACUACACUGUUAUACUGUCCUUACAUCUCAUGAGAGUAGUGGAUCUCAUUUACCAGAAGGUGUGAAGGCGGCAGCGAUAGCCCUCUCGAGUGGAAUAUUUUCUCAAGAUUUACGUCUCAUCUCUAUUGUGGAUAGUGAUAGUAAUGGUAAGGAUAAGGAUAAAGAUACCGGGAAUGUUGUGUCUGUGAAUAGUGAGAAGAGUGAUAAAGAGAAGAUGAUAGCAGAACAAUAUCCUUUUUGGUUCUGUUUUCUUUGUGUGUUUUUGCAGCAAUUGUCAGCACGAGGGGGUGACUUUAGUGCAUGGUUGCAGUUCUUUCGUGAGUGUUCGGUACAGUCUCAGGCGUUCAAUACCGGAAAGGAUUCUACAAGAGAAGGAAAUGAAGUUAAUAAUAAUAAUAAUAAUAAUAAUAAUAAUAAUAAUAAUAAUAAUAAUGAGAAUAGCAGUAAGAAUGAGCAAGUUGCUAUGGCUGCUUGGGGAACAAUAUCGCAGGAGACAUUUAAUGCUACGAUAGCCCGAACUCGAUUUCGCCGAACAGCUAUUCUUUGUAAAUCCUUCUGUCCACAUAUUGUCGCCCAAGCUCCAGGCACAACAUAUCAAUUAUUGUUUAUCUUACAUACAUUCAUGUCAAAGUGGGAGGAACUAGGGCAUCAACGCGAGAAACACAUUAUAUCAUCAUCCUUUACCCUACAAGAGAAGGCAGCAGCGGCAGAAGAAAAAGAAAAAGAAAAAGAAGAAAAACUUCUAAAAGAAUAUAGUGAACAACUUGGAUUUGUACUUGGGGAAGGUCAAGUACAUACAUUCCUAUUAGUGACGGUGAUUGGAGCAGUGUUGAGUGCUAGUUAUAUUUUACCAAAACGUGGGGAAACCUCCCGGUGGUCACACCCACCUCGUGCCACCUUCUCUACACAAACAGAGAAAUUAUGGCGGUAUAUACAUUUUCCGCCUAUUGGUCGAUUACUGGAACGUCUACACAUUAAACCUUUUCUCGCUGUACAUCUCUUUACAUUUUGUAUGCAACUUCGUAUUGGUCUCUCCCCAACCCAUCACGCCGAUGGAAGACAGAGAUUAGCUCUUUGUUUAUAUUUAACAGAAGUAUGUAAUUUACGCACAGCAUUUGUUAUUUAUCAUUUUGCUGUUGCAUGUCCAUCCGGUAUGCAGGAGGCAGCAGAACCAUCAUCAACACUUCCCGGUGCUGCACUUGCCUCACUUACGGCGGCACUGGAUCACUAUGUGAAAGAGGCACGUAGUGAACUUAUUUUUACCGCAGUUGAAGCAGGAAACGUACGACGGCGACAACAGCGGUACAAUUCACGUACCGCUAUUGCUAAUAAUAAUAAUAAUACCAAUAACAAUAAUAAUAGUAUUAUCAAUAACACUAAUGAAGAUGAUGAACCUAUUCCAGUGAAUGGAGAAAUGACCGGACCACGUUUUGCUAAAAUGGUAUUUCCCGUUGCCUGUCCAACGUGGAGCCAAUAUCUUUUAGAUGAUAAGCAACAAGCAACUCCUUCUACUUCUUCUACUACUACUACUACUACUACUACUACUACUACUCACAAUACUAAUAAUAAUACCGCUGCUAGUACUUCUACUAGUAAACCAUCUGUUGGUACGGUAGGUGCAAAUAGCAAGCAAACCGCAUCCCUACAACAUGUGACCCCGUGUCGGUUUGUAAUGGAACUCUUAAACAUGGGACUCCCUGGUAUCGCUGCAACUACGAUUAUACAGUUUCAAACAGAAAUGGGAGUGAAUGUCUGUCUUGUUCCUUCUUUAGUGAUGCCCGGUGGUGGUGGUAGUAUUGCUAGUAAUGUUGUGAAGCGUGUGGAAGUUAUUUUAAAUGAAAUAGAAGAACGAUCGGGAACAGGGAAUGGGGGAGAAGGAGAAAAAAGAGGUGAACUUUCAGCUCCUCUUCGGGAACUGGAAACAUACUAUCCAUUACUUUCAGCUGUUAAUGCUUAUUUGGCAUCACAGACUUUUCUUUGUAACUUGGUGGAAGGGUUAACAAAGGAAUGUGGUAAACUCCUGCGUUCUGUAAGGUCUGAGUUAAAACAACAGCAGCAACUACAAGAACAAGAAGCUAAUGGGAAUGAAAAUGAAGAAAAAGAAAAUGGUAAUGAUGGGGUAAACAAAAGUAAUACUAUAGAUUAUGCUUUAUUGUGCAGGAAUGCACUUGGUUUAGCAGAACGUUAUCUUAUUAAUGUAGUGAUGCCAUGUAUACGUGUUAUUUCUCCUUCGCCUGCUCUCUACGAUCGUGUUUUACUGCUUCUAACACUCAUGAAAGAAGAAGCGCCAUCUGUGCGUUUUGGUACAAAUCCCGUUGAGUUCCUACAUACAGAUAUAUGGUUAAAGUUUCUCUUGCAAUCACCACAUCCUUCUUCAUCAUCUAAUGGUAAUAAUAAUAAUAAUAAUAAUUCUCUUUCUCUACCGUUUCAUCGAGCUCCACAUGAUAUACUCCGUUCUAAAGAACUUGCAGCACUUUUUACGCAAUCAUUAAAACGUAUGACAGAGGCUAAUGUAGAUCGCUACAGAAGUCUCUUACAACCAAUGAUCUACGCUAAUCCCCUACUGGUGGGGGAGAAACUUUUUCAGCAAGCGGUUGGAUACAAUAAUAAUUUUCUACGUAUUCAUACUCGAUUACUUAAAGGUGCCCCUGCAGCUGUGCUUACACUUAUUACUCAUGAAGGUUUACUCUUAAUGAGGCAUUAUGCUGAACAAGAGAGACUAGGAGACACAGAUGCCAGUCGUGUUGGACACAUUGCAACAUUUCUUGCUGUUCUUUGGCGUGAUAAUCCACGUAGUUUUGAUGGUGCGUUAUUAUUAAGAGCUGCGGAGUAUGCAUUGCGGCGAGAGGCACGUGCGUCUAUUGUAUUUGGCCUUGAGUUGUUGCAAGCGGUUCUGCGUGGUUUGCUUGAUCACACCCCUGAGCAUGAGGAACAGUAUAGUGGAGCGCAGGUGCGGGCCUUGGUUUCCCCGGCAUCUACACAGUGGUUUGCAAAGGGCGCCGGGGAGUCUUUUCGCCGUGGGCGGUGGAGUUCCACCUUCACUCCGGCUGUGCGGGCCGCUGCGGCUGCUAUGCUGCGGCGCACACUGCAGGAAAACUGUGUUAUUCCUAUCCAAAGAGAUGAAUGGGAAGUAGAGGAGGAGGAGGAAGAAGAAGAAGCGAAUAAUAAUAAUAAUAAUAAUAAUAAUAAUAAUAAUAAUAAUAAUAAUAAUAAUAGGGAAGAAGAAAAGGAAAUGAAUAAUCAUGUAGAAGAGAAUAGUGGGGUGGUGGAGUUUACACUUGGUCAAGCCCUGUUGUUGCAUUUGUGUCGGUUGCACAGCAGGAUCUACACUGCCCAGGCGGAUCUCGCAGGAACGAUGCAACUCGUCUUGUUAACAUGUGCAAGAGACUACAAUGUUAUUAAUGACUUAUUACUAACGUUGGAAACACUACUGCCGCAAGGGCCACCGGCGAAUGAAAUUUUUAUGGUGGCGAUGCCACAUGUCGCUCUUCGUCUUACAGCCCGUUUUGCUGCGAAGGAAGUUAAACGUACAUUGUCUGAUGAACAGAAGGCUUCAACUAUUGAUGCUAUAUUUACUGUAAUGCCAUCCGAUGUAGAUGCUUAUGUGAAGAGUUUACCAGGUUUUAAAGCUAUUGAUGGGGCUAUUCCCUUUGCGUUUCUACAAAAACUAUCGCAUUACACCGCCGCACACUUUGUAUUUGAUGAUACUCCAUAUACGGUAGCUAUGAGGGAAAUUAAUUACUUCUUUAAUCACGCUACCGCCCUCUUAAAAGCUGCAGCUGCUUCUAAUAAUAAUAAUAAUAAUAAUAAUAAUAACAGCAGUACCAUUAUGUCUAGAGAUCCAUCUGUUCGCUGGCUGCAGGAACAGACACGACAAGUGCGUCUUGAGAAGGAGGCUCAUAGAAAACUUUACCAGCAGUGUGAAGAGGCGAGGUCUGUAUUAUUAAAUGAUGUACUUAACAGUGGUGUACUGAAUGAACCUGUUGCCUUUGCAACCUCAUAUCUUCUCCCACGGGCUCUAUUAAGUCUAGAAGACACUUUCUUUGUUUACUACUUCCUCAAGUGGUUACUUGAUGCUACAAAGAAAACAAAUAAUGGUACCACAGACAAUCAUAAAUAUGUUAUGGAUGUGAUAUUUUCAUUAGUGACAGCCGCCAUGACAUUCUUUGUGGGUCUCACAGAUGGGGAAUGUAAACGUUUGGGUUUUCUUUUGAGUUUACUCCUCACGGCAUUACAUGAUAAGGUGUUAAGUAUACCAAUACUCUCCUCUGGCGAAAAAGAUGCGGCAGCAACAACAGCCACAACAAUAACAACAACAACAGGAAGUGGUGGGGCAACAGAUGCAUCUACACAUAGUGGUUCAAUAGCCGCCUCAUCGGCAAAUUUUUCUACAGAAGUAUUAAUGUCAUUUUUAGAGCCAAAACCACGACCUUUAAUGAAUAUUUUAGCCUCACAUGCAACACCAGAAGAAGAGGAAGAAGAAAAAGAAAAAGAAGCAACUAGUGAUAAUGUGGGUAAUAACAUGAAAGGAAAAGAAGAAGAUGAAUUCGCUCUUGUACCCGUCUAUUCCGUACAACUUGAGGCUUGUCUUUGCAGAGCUAUUGUACAACUUCUAUUACAUCAGAAAGAUAUUCCAUUUCUACACCGAAAUGUUUUUCUUGUAUUAGAACGUCUCACACGAAAUACACCCGCUUUUCCUGAAACCUUGUGUGCAACGGAAUGGCUCAUUACUGCGGUGACUCCACAUGCAGUACGCAGUUCAUCCUGUUAUGCCUCAGCCACAGCUGUUUUAAAAACAUUGUAUGAUAAUAGAGAACAAAAGAAGACUAUGUUAGUGGCAACACUUCCAUCUAUGGGAGUGAAUCCCAUACUGAAAUGGCAACAACAGAAGAAUCAGAAAAGUGAAGUGGAGAAGCGAAUGGAGGCGUGGAGAAAGUUGUGGAAAACGCGGGAAGCUUAUAUACGGGCUCUUUUAGCUUUGGAUAUUGCAGCUGCUAAGAGGGAGAUGCAAUCGGAGAAGCUUCUUACCGAUGGUGUGGAAGUGGAAGGAGCAGCCGUUAAUGAAAGCGAAAAUGAUAAUGAUGACAGAGCUGCAGAAGAAUUCCAUGAAACCGCAGUAGUUGAAGAAGAAGAGGAUGAUGAUGUUGAAGAAGAUGAAGAACGUGGUGAAAGUGAGGAUAAUGAUGUAGCUGAAGAAGAUGAAGAUGAAGAGGAUGAAGAAGAGGCGCCAAUGGAUGAUGAUGAUGAUGAUGGUAGUACACAUAGCUUUCGUUUGAGUGAAGAUCGUAGUGGUAAUGAAGGUGGAAUGUAUAAUGAGGAAUGUCAACAGCAACAAAAUGAUCACGAUGAUGUUGAUAAGGACACUCACAAGAAUACUAUCAUUCCCCUUGACACCUUACCACAAGAGAAAGAGGAACAGGAAUUGAAGAGUAGUAAUAAAAGAAAACGUGAGGAAGAUGAUGUUACUUGUGAUGAUCCUCCCGAGAGGGUACCACGACUGGAAGAAGAAGAAGAAAGAGAAGAAAAAGAAGAAAAGGUAAAAGAUUCUCAGUGA